AUGGGCCCGCCGCCACCGCCAUCACACUCUGUCGGGGGAGUGGGUGGAUCGGGGGAGUACGCGGGUGUUAGGCUCCUCCCAGACGGAACUUGGCAAGCGAAGAUUGUCCCUGAGCCCGGGUCAUCAAGGACGCUGAUUCUUGGCAACUUCCAAGACCAGCAGCAAGCGGCCCGCGCGUUCGCUGCAGCUGCAGCCGUGAUCAGGCGGAGCAAGCCACCCCGGGGUCGUGUGUGGCAGCUCACCGGCGAGGAGAUGGACCUGCUGGAUGGCUGCACGGCCAACAUCGUGCGGCAGCUCACUACCGCACGCGUCUGGGGGCGGUGGGAAAGGUGGCGCGUCGAGCUUGCUUCCCUCGGUGGUGCCAACCCCGCCCCUGCACCCCCGCUGUCGUGGCAGCAGCGCCAACCGCACCCGCAGCUGCUCCAACCACACUUGCCCCGGCGAAUGCAGGCAUCGCCCCUCCUGCCGUGGCUCUUGCACCUGCACAGCCCACCCCUCCCGGUGGAGCUACUGCUGUGCACGUCGGAACAACUCGCUGAUGUGGUGGCGUUUGCCUCGCUGUCGUUGCCAGAGAGCGACGAGGGGGAUGUGGGCAACAACGCGACAACCCACCCGCCAGGUAUUGAUUAG